CUACGUAUUUUUCUCUUCUUACUUCAGAUGCCAAAAGGAGAAAAGCAAUUUCCUCUUAUAUUCUCCAAUUCUGAGUCUCAACAACAGACCAGAAACCCAAUAAGCGGCAAAAAUACAAUCCUUCAUCAAUCAAAUGGAUCUCUCGGAAAUUGCAAAGAAACUGGGUCUCUCCGAAUCCAAGAAUCUGAUCCGAAAAGCGGCGGAGCUCCGCCGUCUCUGUGACGUGCAGUUUGACUCGUCCAUUAUCGGAGUUGGAGAGGUUAGCAAGGCUAUAAUCUGCUUAGAAAUCGCUGCAACAAGAUUUCAAGUGAUUUUUGAUAGACAAGCUGCAAUAAGACUGAGUGGACUGUCAGAGAAGGCUUAUACUAGAUCUUUCAAUUCACUGCAAAACAGUCUCGGUGUCAAAACAAAGCUUGAUAUUAGAGAAUUGGGGAUUCAAUUUGGCUGCAUAAGGCUGAUUCCUUUAGUGAAAAAAGGAUUAUCAUUGUACAAGGAGCGGUUUCUUGCAUCACUGCCGGCUACUAGACGAGCAAGUGCUGACUUCACUCGGCCUGUGUUCACUGCAGUUGCAUUCUACUUGUGCGCAAAAAAACACAAGCUCAAGAUAGACAAAAUUAAGUUGAUUGAAGUUUGUGGCACAUCUGAAUCUGAAUUCAAAAGUGUCUCCACCUCCAUGAAUGACCUCUGCUAUGAUGUGUUUGGCAUCUCAAAAGAAAAGAAGGAUCCAAGAGAAGUGAAGGGUAACCGAGAACUGCUGGAUGUUUUACCUGAGAAAAGAAAAUUUGAAGAUGGUGGUUAUUUAUCUGAUGAUGGAGCAGAGCUUUCAAGUUACAAGAAGCGCAAAACAGCGGAGAAAGUUGCUUAUCAGGAGUGGAAGUCUUCUGUCUUAUCAUCCAAUGCAAAGAGCAAAUCAAAAGGUCCUUGUAAGCAAACCAGACAAACUCGCCUUAACUUUUUCAAAGAAGUUCCUGAGACUGCAGGGUUGGAAGCUCUGUGAAAGACAUAUAAGGCCAUUUUUGCUAUACUAUGGUUGUUUAGUCCAAUUUUUCUGGAAGUUUAAAUGGGAAGGAAGAGGAAGAAAAUUGCUCCAAAUUUGGUUUUUUUGUUUAUUUUGCUGAUGCUCUCACAGAAACAUUUGCCGUAUAAGGAGAAUGCCUGUUUUAUAACAAUUGAAACUGUACAUAUUGGCAGCUAAUGUUAUUCAUUUAAUUAUAGUUUUUUCAAAUCUGUUAAGUAAA